UACAAACAAUUAUCGGUUUUCCCACACAUCUUGAAUGCAGCAAUAGCCCGGCACAGGGGACAGGACAACAUGGCUGCGGCUACGGGCCGAUUCUUCGGAGAAGGCGGCAGAGCAACGAAAAGACAGAAAACCGAGGAGGGAGGAAUGACAACGGAGGGCUACGAUGACCCUCAUAAACCGCUACCCUCCCCGGUGGUGCACAUCAGGGGCUUGGUGGACGGUAUUAUGGAGGCUGACCUGGUGGAGGCCCUGCAGGAGUUUGGGGCCAUCAGUUUUGUGGUGAUGAUGCCCAAGAAGCGCCAGGCCCUGGUGGAGUAUGAGGACAUGAUUGGCUCCUGCAAUGCUGUUACAUAUGCAACAGAGAACCAGGUUUACAUUGCAGGCCACCCGGCCUUCAUCAAUUAUUCCACUAGCCAAAAGAUCUCCCGGCCCGGAGACUCGGACGAUACCCGUAGUGUCAACAAUGUGCUGCUGCUCACGAUCAUAAACCCCAUCUAUCCUAUCACCACGGAUGUGCUCUACACAAUUUGUAACAACUGUGGUCCUGUACAGAGGAUUGUCAUCUUCAGAAAAAAUGGUGUUCAGGCCAUGGUAGAAUUUGAUUCGGUCCAAAGUGCUCAAAGGGCCAAAGCCUCUCUGAAUGGGGCAGACAUCUAUUCUGGCUGCUGCACUCUAAAGAUUGAGUAUGCCAAGCCAGCACGCCUUAAUGUCUUCAAAAACGACCAGGACACGUGGGACUAUACAAACCCCAACCUCAGCGGCCAAGAUGCUGAUGGUGAAGGCAAUUGGAACAAUUCACAAGAUCCCAAUGCCAAUCCCAACAAACGCCAGAGGCAGCCUGCUCUUCUGGGAGACCACCCUCCUGAUUAUGGUGGCCCUCAGGGAGGUUAUCAUGGCUACAAUGAGGACAGUUAUGGUCCCCCUCCUCCCCACCGCAUUGGACCAGGUUUGGGUGGUCGUGGGCGUGGUAGCCAGCGCUACGGCCAAAGUUAUGGACCACCACCCCCUGAGUAUGGUCCUCAUGCUGACUCCCCGGUUCUCAUGGUUUAUGGCCUUGAGCCCUCUAAGGUCAACGCCGACAAGGUCUUCAACAUCUUCUGCCUCUACGGAAACGUAGAGAGGAUUAAGUUCAUGAAGAGUAAGCCUGGAGCAGCAAUGGUGGAGAUGGGAGACUGUUACUCUGUGGACAGGGCGAUCACUCACCUCAACAACAACUUCCUUUUUGGACAGAAACUCAACGUUUGUGUGUCCAAGCAGCAGGCCAUUGUGCCAGGACAGUGCUACCAGUUAGAGGACAACACCAGCAGCUUCAAAGAUUUCCACGGAUCCCGCAACAACCGAUUCACCUCCCCAGAGCAGGCGGCAAAGAACCGAAUCCAGCACCCCAGCAACGUCCUCCACUUCUUCAACGCGCAGCCGGACAUCUCUGUAGAGAUCUUCAACCAGGUCUGUGAAGAACUGGAAAUAAAGAGCCCCACAAGUGUGAAACUUUUUACCGGAAAGAUGGCACAAAAGGUGAGCGAAGUUCAUCUGGCCUUCUGGAGUGGGAAUCCAUCAACGAUGCCAUGGAAGCCCUAGCACUGAUUAACCAUUUCCAGAUGAAAAACCCUAGUGGACCUUACCCUUACACACUGAAGUUGUGUUUCUCAACCACACACAAUGCCAACUAAAUACUCUCCUCUCUAACCAUUUCAAUGUUUUGUGUGUUUGCAUAGAGUUCACUGCCGUUCUGUUGUCACAUCAUAUAAAAUGUAAUCAGACAAAAACCAGAACUCUGCUUUAGAACAUGUUACUUAAACUUUUUUGUAUGAUUUACUUUUUGUUUGUCAAUCAGCUGUUUUCUACAUUUACAACACUAUGAUUUGAAUGAUCCCCCCCCCCCCCAACUACCCUAAAAAAGAUAUUCGGUGCAAACCUGUUUUUGUUUUUUAAAUCAAGUGAACAGUAACAUCAUGUGAAUACAUAUACAGCUAGCAUUCACAUCUUCAAAGAUUGUUUGUGUUGCACCUUUCAUAAUGUCUUCACUCUCGACAAGGAAACCUCCAUGUCCAUUUCUGGGGAAGUAAUAAAACAUUGAUUGGCAAGGUCUUAGAAAGAGAAGCAGCUGUAUUUUUCUGGAGGAAAGUUGCUCUGACGUGUGUGUACUGACGUGGUUUAGGGUGCCUUCCAUAUGCUGAUAGACAUGAGGGAGAUGAUUAUCUGUUCAGGGAAUGUCAAGGUGACCUUUUUUUAGUAAACAGUACUGUGAAUAUUACUUUGGCUGGAAUUACUCUAUUAACUUAAAGUUGAUUGUUUCAGUUUCCACAUACCUGAGUUGGGCAGCUUGGAUCUGUACACACAGGUAGUACACACCUUAUCUGUACUCAGACCUGCACUGCAGUAUUUUCAGUAUUACAAUUUGUAUUCACAGGUGCUAGAUUAAUUAAAGCAGUUUAAAGACAAA